AGCUCACGGCGUAUGAUCAAAGAAAUAAGAAAAACAGCGCACAUUGUGCUGUACGUAUACAGGGUGUCUAAAAAAUGUUGUAACAUCUUGAAAGGGGUGAUUUGGGGGGUGAUUUGAAACAACUUUUUCCUUUGCGAAAAUGUCCGAGGCUUCGUUGAGGAGAUAUUAACGGAAAACACUGACCAAUCAGAGCGCGAGUAUGCCGGUGGAGCGAAGGCUAUGCACUAAGCGGCCGCGCUCAUACGCUACUGCGGCCGCUUCACCGGCUUACUCGCGUUCUGAUUGGUCAGUGUUUUCCGUUAAUAUCUCCUCAACGAAGCCUCUGACAACAUUUUUGCUAAGGAAAAAGUUGUUUCAAAUCACCUCCCGAACCACCUCUUUCAAGGUGUUACAACAUUUUUGGAACACCCUGUAUAUAGCAAAAUCAAUUUUGUGCCUCUAUGCUCGACUCGUCAUUUUGAUAAAACGUUUACACACGUCUCUAACACAUAACCUAAGUCUCAACCUGAUGGACAUUACGUGCAGCGUAAUAUAUUUAGAUUUAGGUUGCCCUCGGGGGCUGCAGCAUACGCGUGUGCAGCUAGAGUACAGAUUUAGCGGUCUCGAGGUACCCAGCUAUAGGAAGGUUCAACAGACAUGUAAAGGAAUGGAAUGCAAGAAGUUAAACAUUAUAAUGUAAGAAGCUAAGGAUUGAUGUAAAUCAAUGUAAUGUAACUGACUACAUGUUAAAGGAAUGGAAUACAAGAAGUCAAGGAAUAAUAUAAAGCAUUGUAAUGCAAUAGGGCUAUGUAAAACAAUGUAACAAAGAUGUAUUAAUAAGUAUUAUAGCUGAAUGCAAUGGGCUCUAUAAUAAUAAAAAGAAAGGAACUUAGGUUAUCAGAUCGAGAACUUAGAAGUUUUCCUCAAGUUCUAUAUAUCUGAGUGUCUGAAUAUCAAAGUAACGUAAAAAGUAGAAAUUGUUUUACGUGAAAUUGAUUUUAUAAGGAACACUAAUUUAAGUUUUGUCAAUUAUGCUUGAACAUUUCAUUACCAUGAUCAGAGAUUUCUUAUGCAAACAGUAAGAUAAAUUCAAACUGUAAAAAAGAAGUACAGUAAAAUACAAUAAAUUGUUAAAUAGAAGUUAUCUUUUAUUCGUAAUUUUAAUAGUCACUAUUAUACUGUAGUAUUUAAAGUAUCUUGAAAACUAAAUAUACAUAGUAUCUCUUAAAGAGGUUAAUAAACGUUACAAUUUUUAAUGUAAUUUAUUUUGCACUAUUCAACUCAAUAAUGUGGCAGACACUGCAAAUAUUUUAAUUUACAUAUCCAUUUUAAAAGGAUUCGAUCUUUUACACAUUGAAGUUAUAGCAUAUCUGAUUUAAUCAAAUCUAAUUCCUAUUGCAUCCUUUUUUAUGUUUUACCAAGGAAACGGAAAUUUUAAGAGGCCUACAAUGUAGUACGAGCAGUAACGAUGUCGGUUAUAGAAACAGUUUUAUUAUUAUUAUUAUAAUGAAUUGGAUAGGUGCACUAGUAUGUCAAUUACUUGUUCCUUUUUAUAUAUUUAAUUAUUCUAAUUGGGAAUCUCAUUACAAACAUUUACUUAUUAUGGAAAGUGAAUCAUGGCAUUAACCCAUAUUCUUCGAAAAUUUCGAUUAUUUCUCAAAUUAAACUUUAUUGAAAGUUCAUUGCAAUAUCUAAAUUUGUAUGCUAAUUUUAAAAUGCUACACAAUGUUAAUAGUACAUUAUACAUAAACUGUAAAACUGUUACUUAGAGGCCAUUAAUGCGCACGUAACAUCCUCGAGAAAUUUUUCAUGCUGAAAUGAAAGAAUGGAAGAAGUUCGUUAAACUGAAAGAUCGCUUAGGUGAUAAUUAAUAGAGUAGUGUAACACUGACACCGGCGUUAUCCAACAAUUGAAGGAAACAUUUUCAGAAUUUCUCAAGUCUGAAACAUUUCAUUCAAUUGGACCCAAUGAAGAUGUUUAAUCUGUUCAGUAUAAUUAAGUAAUUUCAGUCGAUAAAGAGUUUAACGUUUAUAGAUUAUUUCAUGUUGCAAAACACUGUUGAAUGUAUAGAUGUAUAUCUUCCUAACGCGAUUAUGUUAGAAGAGGCACGUAUAGUAUUACCGAAGAGAGCUAUGCGGUGGAGUCGAGCUGUUUAAUUAACUACCGUUAUGUUUGUUUGGGCCGUUAUGCCUGCCAAAAUGAAGACUGUAGAAUCUACGUUAUCAUUUGUACGAAUGUUCUGCAUUUAGGCCUGAAUUAAGAGGUCUCCAGAUUUAGACAAAGUUUGGGGAUUCCCUCAAUAAAUGAUGAGGAGAGAAGUGGUUUGUUGGUAUGUAGAACUUUCCCUACUCUUUGGAUGGAUUUUGCUUUUUAUUUAUUUAUUUAUUCCAGAAAAACAAAAUAUUACAAAGAUAUACAUAUACCUAAUAACUAUAAAAAUAAUCUAGUUGCUUGUGCAUGGUUCUGGUUACUUAAAAAUUCACUUAAAGAUAAUGCAAAGCUGGACUUAAAAUUAAUUUAACAAAGUUAUAUAUUACAUAUUUUGUGAUAAUUAGAUAUAUUAGCAAAAUUUAGGUAAUUAUUAUUCUAGUACCAGUAAGAUUAACGAUAACAUAAAUUUUAUUUUUAUGUAUGCUUGAAAGGUAUAAAAUUAAUUUUAAUUUCUCCCAAGCAAUUAUACAUUUAUUUCUUAAUUGUUAAUAAAUGCAUUUAAUUUAUACAUAUUUUAAGUUCCUGUUCUUGCUUAAUGAAAUUUUGUUAUGAUUCCGUGGUUGAAUAAAGAACAGCUUUUUUUUAUUAAUAUAAAGUACAUUGUUUAAUUUGCCAAUAGCUCACAUCUUACAAAACAACCACACGCUCCUCUGGGCGUAGGAAACAAAAAAAACAUCAUUGGUACCAUUCGAUAAAACAAAAGAAAAAUCAGAUAUUAAGCAGUCUCUGACGCAGUUUUUCAAAUUGCUUCUCGUCCAACGCUUUCGUGAAAAUGUUAGCAAUUUACUCUCUUGUAUUUAAGUAAAUGAGACGUAUGGUUCUCUCAAUGCGUUGGUUUAUAAAUUUCCGUCUUAUUUCAAUGUGCUUUUUUCCUUUUGUCAGUUUUCCUUCAGGAUUCUCCAGUAUGUGAAUUGCAGCUUUAUUGUCGACAUACAAAUCAGUUGGGUCAGACACGUCCCCAAUUUCAAGUUCUUUGAUCAUUCUUCUCAACCAACAGACUUCCUGUAUUCCAUUUGUGCCACCACGAUAUUCAGCUUCGGCUGAUGAAAUUUAAGUGACUGAUUGUUUUUGGGUAUUCCAGACAAUUGGGCCUCCAAACUCAAUUAAAAUGCCAGUCGUGAAAAUCCUAUCUUCUUCUGUUCCACCAUAAUCAGAGUCGGUAUAUGCCUUCAAACUCGUCGUUUCUCCGACAAUGAAGAUUCCAAAUUCCUCAGUCCCUCUCAAAUAUCGAAGUAUACGUUCAAUCAUUUUCCAGCCACUUACAUUUCGUUGACUGACUCUUCGAAUCAAAUAGUUUGUUGCAAAACUAAUAUUUGGCCUCGAAAUUGUUGAUAGAUGAAGUAGACUUCCAAUUGACUUCCAUUCUUGUCAGUUAACAUUCCAGGCUCCAUGGAUGUCACAACCGCGUGUACAUCCUCAAAACCAAAUCGAGCCAGUACUUUUCGAGCGUACCUUUGUUGUGUAACAAGUAUCCCUUCGUUCAUUCGGCGAAUCAACAUUCCUAAGUAAUAUAGUCUUCCAUCUUCUGGUGCGAUAGAUCUUACAAGGGGAGGCCGCGAACUGGGGGUCACCGAUUUGAAUCAGCUUUUAACACAGUACAGGGUGUCCCAAAAAUAUUGUAACACCUUGAAAGGGGUGGUUCGGGAGGUGAUUUGAAACAACUUUUUCCUUAGGGAAAAUGUUUUCCGAGGCUUUGUUAAGGAGACUAAGUACAUGAAAAAGUGGAGGACUCAAGAAGUUAUCAUUGAAAAAUAGAAGAUCCCCAUAAAAAACUACAAGAAAGUAGAAAAAGAUAUGAAAUCGAAAUGAGCUGCCAGUACAUGGAGGUGGUUUCCAACACAGUGCAAUGACUACGCUGUGUAACACAAUGUAAAAUUCGGUGCUUUCCAACUAUGCGCAGCUAAAAUGCUGUGCUUGGCGUGGCCAGGCAAGGUCAAGGUGUCGAUGAAUAAGAAUUAUUUUAAAACGCUAAAUAAUAAAAGUAUACACAUAUUGUCAGAGUUUUUGGCUGACAAACUAUCUGAAAGCUUGCGAGAGUAAAGGUAUCGGCAUCGAUGAAUGAUCUUGGAAAUAUUUUAAAACGCAAUAUAAUGAAAGGGUACUCAUAAUAUUGUCAGAGUUUUAAAUUGACAAAUUAUCUGAAAGUCUGUGAGAGAGAAAGUAUGGGUAUUGUUGAUCUAAGAAUGCCUUGCCUUGCCACGCCAAGCACAGCAUUUUAGCUGCGCAUAGUUGGAAAGCACCGAAUUUUACAUUGUGUUACACAGCGUAGUCAUUGCACUGUGUUGAAAACCACCUCCAUGUACUGGCAGCUCAUUUUGAUUUCACAUCUUUUUCUACUUUCUUGUAGUUUUUUAUGGGGAUCUUCUAUUCUAUUCUAUUCUAUUUUUCAAUAAUAACUCCUUGAGUCUUCCACUUUUUCAUGUACUUGGCGUAAUUUUGUUACUUUUUUGAAGUUUUUAAUGAGUUAUUAACUCACCUACAAUGUAUACAAUGCAAUUUUUUAAAAUUAUAUUUUCCCUCUUGGAUGUUCAUAAACUUUUAUCCCUUUCGCCUUGAUCGUUAUAAGAAAAAAAAACGUGAAGUAAUAAACUGGAAAUUAAGUUUAUUAGACUCCAUAACAAGUACAGCCAACAGUGCAGAUUGUCCAGGGGUAUGUGUCCACGCGUUUGCAACAUUAAUAUGUUACGAAGUUCUCGAGCAUGUACAAUGCCCUACCAGCAUGAGAUGUUGCAUCGAAGCACCUAUAAAUGGUACCUCAACGUCUUCUGAAAACGUUCUCGAUGACGAUAGUCAGACACCAACUAUAAUUACCACCGUGAAGACGUCGACGAUGGGACCUGUAAACACGACCACAUCCUCAACGAUUACACCACCUACGACUGCUUCGUCAAUUGCUACAAAGACUACCUCUGGUAAUCAGAUGGAAACAACCGACAAGAAUUCGACAAAAACCUGUUCAGGGAUUUGCAUGGCUGAGAGAAUUGCCGAUUACUGUGAUGCUGUUCUGGUGAUAGACUCUCUGUGCAAGCCAGGAUAUAAGUGUUGCGUAUCUAGGGAUGCGUUUGGAGAUACUCCUCCGCCAGAAUUGUUAGUAAUUGACAGAACAAAUUCAAGUCGCGUGGAUGAGAAAACUGGUGUCAGUACAUUGUAUAAAGGUCCUCUAUCUCCUACAACUGCGAAGCCAAAUUCGUCCAUCUCUACGAGCAUGGUUACGACUACACCAGCUACAACUGGUACAAUGGCAAAACAACCAACGACCACGACGCGACCAAAGAUUACAGUCAAGAAACCAUGUAAAGGCGAAUGCGUUAGUGGAUUCUUUGCGCUUCUUUGUGACAAGGUGGAUGGAGAAGCUGAAUGUCCUGAUGAUGGAUCGUGUUGUAUCAUCGAUGCUUUUUUGAAAACGGAAACGACAACAGUUCGACCGACUACGAAAUCACCACAGCCAACAUUACAACCAUGUCCUGGAUUUUGUUUGUUAACCAUUAUGGCAGCCUUUUGUGAACGGCCAAACCUGAUAAUACCAAAAACAACAACCUGUCAAUCUGGAUCCAUCUGUUGUGACAACACGAAAAGUUCACCGCAGAGAGUAAGCGUAGUGACACCAUCUUCUUCGUAUCAGACUCCAAGGCCAAGACCAAAGUCCACACCAAGGCCAUCGAUUACCACGGUUUCUUUACCACCAGAUCCUCGCCCAGAGUGUCCUGGUUCCUGCAUCGUUUCUUACUUAUCUUUCACUUGUUUCAGAAAUGCUGAACUGACGAAUUUGUUCAAAUGCAAGAAACAAGGACAUCAGUGUUGUGCACCAAAAUCAUUGAUCCGAGAAUUUAGCGGUGGAAAUUCGAGCGAGCCAAUUUUAACUAACAGAAAUGAUACUAUGUAUGUCACAUCGAGACCGUACACAACGCCACUCACAACAACAAUAUAUGAAAUAACUACAAUGACAACAACCAUGAGAAGUCCUGUGUACAGUAAGUAUGUAUGUGGCGUAAAAGGAACUUCUCGUGGACCAAUUCAAACUCGUAGCUUGGACAGAGGAGCACGCGUUGUUGGCGGAGAAGAUGCAGAUGCGAACGAAUGGUGUUGGCAAGUUGCUUUAAUUAAUUCCCUCAACCAAUAUCUUUGUGGAGGUGCACUCAUCGGAACACAAUGGGUUCUUACAGCAGCACACUGCGUUACAAAUAUCGUGAGGUCUGGAGAUGCGAUUUACGUGAGGGUUGGCGAUCAUGACUUAACUAGAAAAUAUGGAAGUCCUGGUGCUCAGACUUUACGAGUGGCAACAACUUAUAUUCACCACAAUCAUAACAGCCAAACUUUAGAUAACGAUAUCGCACUAUUAAAACUUCAUGGUCAAGCAGAGCUUAAAGACGGUGUUUGUCUUGUAUGUUUACCUGCACGAGGAGUUAGUCAUACAGCUGGCAAACGAUGUACUGUUACCGGUUACGGAUAUAUGGGAGAAGCUGGUCCAAUCCCUCUCAGAGUACGCGAAGCUGAAAUACCAAUCGUGAGCGAUGCUGAAUGUAUAAGAAAAGUGAAUGCUGUGACCGAAAAGAUCUUCAUUUUACCAGCAAGUAGUUUUUGCGCUGGUGGCGAACAAGGCAACGAUGCAUGCCAGGGUGACGGAGGAGGUCCUCUAGUAUGUCAAGAUGAUGGAUUCUACGAAUUGGCUGGUCUUGUUUCAUGGGGAUUUGGUUGCGGAAGACUGGAUGUUCCUGGCGUUUACGUCAAAGUUUCGGCGUUUAUUGGUUGGAUUAACCAAAUCAUUUCCGUUAAUAAUCUUUAGCUUUUUGUAUUCUAUUUAUAAAAAUUAAAAUACUUAUUGAUUAAGAGAACGUAUAGUACCUUAACGCGCUUGAUGAUGUAACAUCUUAUGUUACGUAUCUAGCAAAGAUUCCAAAAGGAAGUUUCUUUUGAUGUACGAUAAAUAAGAACUAAAUUCGCGCAAAAUUCGAAUUUUAUAAUGUUACAAUAUUUGUGACAUAUUUAACAUAAAUCAAGUUUUUACAAGGUAAAUAAAAUUUUGUUAUAUUAACAUAAUUUUACGUAGUAAGACAGUAAACUUCCGUUUGUUAAAUUUUUUAAAUGCAUAUAAUUUCAAAUUUAAUCAUUUAAGGAUUACUUUCAUCAAAAAGGAAUAAUCAUUUGUAGCUCAAAAUAAUGUUAACAUUAUUGAAAUUCUCGGAGAGAACUUAAGUUAGAGGCUUUCAAAGUACGAAAAGCAUACCAAAACUAAAAACGAUUAUUUAAUUUGUAAAUACCACGAUGAAAAGAAAUAAGUUUGGCGUUUUUUGGUUAUAUAAAUGUUUUCUUAUUUAUUAUGAUACAGUCGAAAGAUUAUUGUAGUUUAAACAAUUUUACAAUAUUUCUGAGAAAUCAAAUAUUGGUGAGAUAUAUUAAGAUUAAUUUAUGAUUUUUCUUCUAGUAAUCGUGCCAUCAAGUGCGUCAAUAAUAGGUGACAAUGGUAUUUUUUUACGCAACAUAUGGUUUUGAUUAAGUAGCCAACUAUUAUUAUUUAAUAGUAGGGACAGAUAUGCAUAUUAUUUAUUUAUAUAAAAUCGCUACUUGCAAGAGCCAAUUUCGUAGAAACGACAUGAUGUCAAAAAGUGUCAAGUAGCAAUGAUAAUGAAUUGCGAAGUUCGGAAGUUUGUUACUUACUAGUGAGCAGAAACAUCAAUUUCUAUCUUAAUUUUGUAUUUGAAUGGGAGCGAAUGCGUGUAUCUUUCCUAAUAUUACGUUGACAAUGAAUACUCUAACAUAAACGUUGGUUUGGGUAUCAGUAGAUCGUAAUCAGUAGAUUAGAGAAAAGAUACUUGCUUCAAGUUUUAAUUUUUAUUAAGCUUCUGGUAUAAAAUUUACAAGAUUUUGUUGAAAAAGGUUA